CGAAGCAAAUAGCCGUCAAUAAUCAACAACCAUAAAAGGGACCGAGUCUCAUACGAAUCCCAUCCAGGGCGUCUUCUCUCCUUUCCAUCACCUCCUUCCUCCGCUGUCCCGUCUUUGCUGUACCGACCCUAAGUCUUCUCUGUCCUUGUCACUAUCCGUCAUGGCCAUGAAAAGAAAAUUUGAUGAUGCCGGCGACGCGACGUACAAGGAAGCAAAACAGCUGAAAUGCGUUCCUUUCCCCCACUGCGAACCUGACAACGACGUCGCAAUGUCUGACGCCGAGCCUCUUUAUUCCUCUCAUCAUAUGCGCGCCUCUUCUAAUGCCAGCUCAGCAUCCUCCGACACAGAUUCUCCUUCGACGGAAUCUCCCGCCUACCCGAACUUUGAAAUCUACCCCCUUCCUUUCUUCAACAGCGCUGAAGCCGUCGACCAAAAUUCUCACCCUUACUCAGACUACUCGACUCAACCUAACAUCGGUCUCUUGCAGCCUCACAGCAACUUCGUACAUCACGGUUCCCAUUGCUCGCAAAUUCCGAAAUUACGUGUCGCCUGCGCUUCCGGAGUCCAUGGACAACGUACGAUGUGGAGUUUCUGCGAACAAUGCGGCGCGAUUUCCAUGGUCGACAGUGAUUGAACACCAGACGAUCUCGACAGCCAUCCUUUUUCACCUUUGAACCCAUCUCUCUUUCCAUCUCCUUUUCGCCACCUACCAUGUCGACCUCUGCUUGCAUCUCCCUUUUCAUCCCUUUCGCUCCUCCUUUUGUUAUUUUAUACAUUUUUUUAUUCCUUUCAACUCUUGGCGACUCUCAUCCGGUAUCUCUGAUGUAUCGGCACACACUCACCCAGUAAAACUUACCGGCACUCCUCUUUCGACGUCCUUUCCGGAACAUCGAUUCUUGCGACCUCGUCUGCUCAAAAUGUCACAUACAACCCAUCAGCAUUCGAUAUGUCCC